CUCCUCUCUUUCCCCUCAAGAAACAGACAUCAUGGCUGUUGGAAAGAACAAGAAGCUCUCGAAGCGUGGCGGCAUCCGCAAGAAGACGGUCGACCCGUUCACGAAGAAGGACUGGUACAGCCUGAAGGCCCCCACCUUCUUCUCGCAGCGCGACCUCGGCCGCACCCCGGUCAACCGCUCGCAGGGCCUGAAGAACGCCAACGAUGCGCUCAAGGGCCGCAUCAUGGAGGCGUCGCUCGCCGACCUGAACAAGGACGACGAGCAGGCCUUCCGCAAGUUCAAGCUGCGCGUUGAGGAGGUCCAGGGCCGCACCUGCCUCACCAACUUCUACGGCAUGGACUUCACCUCGGACAAGCUCCGCUCGCUCGUGCGCAAGUGGCAGUCCCUGAUCGAGUGCCACCAGGACAUCAAGACGGCCGACGGCUACCUGCUGCGCGUCUUCGUCAUUGCCUUCACGAAGAAGCGCGCCAACCAGGUCAAGAAGACCACCUACGCCCAGUCGGCGCAGAUCCGCCAGAUCCGCCAGAAGAUGUUCGAGAUCAUCCAGCGCGAGGCGUCGGGCUGCGACAUCAAGGAGCUCAUCGCCAAGCUCAUCCCGGAGGUGAUGGGCCGUGAGAUUGAGAAGGCUUGCCAGGGCAUCUACCCGCUCCAAAACGUGUACACGCGCAAGGUCAAGGUCCUCAAGGCACCGAAGUUCGAGCUCGGCCGCCUGUACGAGCUCCACGGCGGCGCCACGGGCCUCGAGGACGCUGGCACCAAGGUCAAGGCCACCGAGUUCGUUGAGCCGGCCGUGCUGACCUCGGUCUAAGCGCGCUUGCUUCUCGUCUUGGCUUCCGUCACCUCCUUCACUCCCCGACUGCUCAUUCACUCCACGCACCACGCACACACACACCCUUCUUGUACUCUAGGCCGGAGGGCCUCUAAACGCUCGCCCACCAGCAUCAGCGCAUGCGACAUGAAAACAAGG